CAGACAAAUAUUAUAGUUACAGGAAUGACUGCUUGUUUCGUUCUUUACACAAGAUCGGCAGGCGUCGCCUACUUUUCCAUCGGAGCUGUCUUCUGUAGUCUUACGGUCAAGGUCGUGAAAAGGGUCGUCCGACAACCCCGACCUCCGCCAGAAGCAGUCCUGCGUCGAAAGGCAAAGCAGUCCUACGGAAUGCCCAGCACCCAUUCAGCAACAAUAACUUUCUUUGCGGCUUACAUACUCUUGGCCGCGACCUAUCUCCCCGUCCACCAUUCCCUUCCAUUGAAUUCUGCUUCAAGAGUGGUACCAGUUCUCAUCAUAUUUCCCUGGGCAGUAAUGAUCAUGAUGUCAAGAGUGUGGCUUGGACACCACACAUGGGCGCAGGUGUUGGCAGGGAGUGCUUAUGGAGUUGUCUUCGCGUCUGUGUGGUACGCGUUGUGGACGGGUGGAUUAGAUGAGUAUGGAAAGGUGGUGGAAAAGGAAUUUGCUAACCGGAUAUUUAUUUAA